UUCUAUUGUGAUCAAAAGGGUUUAGGCCAUUCAUCAAAGAAGCGAUUGCUGGUUACAGUCGGCAGAGAAAUGGCCCAUAAAACCAUCUUAUUGCUCCUUUUUUGUGUUUUAGCUAUAAAUGAAAUAUAUGGAAAACCUAUACGAAAAGAAAAAGAGGAGAAAGAACAUCCAAAGAAAGAAGAAGAAGCCGAGUACUUGAGGUACUUAGGCCAGGUUGUUGAAAUCUUAGAAGAAGAUGAUGAAUUCAAAAAGAAAUUACACAAUGCUUCAGAAGAUGAAAUUCGAUCAGGAGCAAUUGCAGAUCACAUAGACUUGGUUUCCCAUAAAGUUAGAAGUAAACUAGAUGAACUUAAAAGAAUGGAGAUUGAGUUCCAAAAAAGAUUAAGAAGGCAGGAAAGGGACCAUCUUAAUGGGAUAAAUGAAAGAAACUUUUGGAGUCCUCUAUUUGAUGAAAAUAGCGAUACAUUUGAACAGGAAGAUUUAAAGAAAUUAUUGCAUAAGCACAAUAUUAUGAUGGAGGAACAGGACAAGAAGAGGCGUGAGGACUUCCACAAAUAUGAACUAGAAAAAGAACACAAAAGGAGAGAAGAGAUGAAGAAUUUGAGUGAAGAAGAUAGGAAAAAGAAAGAAGCCGAGCAUGAAGAUGAGCUGAAGAAGUUAAGAAAACACGAGAAAAUGCAUGAGCCUGGAUCUAAAGCCGAGCUUGAAGAAGUUUGGAAGGAAGAAGAUGGUUUGGAUCCUGAAAGUUUUGACCCAAAGACGUUUUUCAAUCUUCAUGAUAAAAAUGGAGAUGGAUACUUGGAUUUCUUUGAACUUCAAACUUUUUUCCUGAAUGAUGUUGACAAGGUUUACAACGAAAGCGAUCCAAAUACUGACCCACGUGAAAGGCAAGAGGAACUGGAAAGAAUGCGAGAACAUGUUAUGAAGCAGAUGGACAAAGAUAAUGACGGUCUCGUUUCAAAAGAAGAAUUUAUCAAGUCGACAAAUGAUCCAGAAUUCGAAAAAGAUGACGAAUGGAAGCCAGUUGUAGAUGAUGAAGAGUAUAGUGAAGAUGAGUUAAAGGAAUAUGAGAAACAAUUAGAAGAGGAGGCUGAACGCAACAGAGAGGGACAUCAUGGUGAAAACAAUGAACACGAAAGCGAUGAACACCAUGAAAAGCCAGAGGAGGUUCAUGUUGAGGAAAAAAAGGACGAACAUCACGCCAAACAGGAACAGGCUCAGCAGCAACACCAUGAACAACCAAAGCAGCAGCAGCAGCAACAUGAUCAGCAGCAACAGCAACAUAACGAGCAACAGCAACAACAGACACAGCAACAACCACAGCAUCAUGAGCAGCAGCAGCAGCAACAACAUGAGCAACAACAGCCUGGUAGCCAUUAACUUAAUUCUAUUAGCAGUAAAAUAGUCUUUACUUUCUUUAAAGUAACUCAAUCAGGUUUCGAGUAACUCAAUUUACGAAAGAUACUAAUUGCACGUAUGAGAAGCUUAGGGCCUAAACAUUCUCAAUUUGUUUUAACGUUUUACAUUCGAAGUAAGACCUCUUUCAAAAGUCAGAUUCUAGAUGAUCUGGAGAAUCCUCUUUGCUAUAAUGGUGUUUGGUUUCACUGUCUAUUAUGAAAUAACUUAUUAAAGUUUCUAUUAAACAAAUUAGACAAAGAGCCUCUUCAUUACAAUUAUGGUUUGAGAUUAAUUAUGUGCUGGUACAUCAUUCUACCCCGGUCUUGCCCUGAUAAUGUCAUAUACUGCGCUAUGUAAAAUGAUAUAAAUAUUUUUUGAUUCAAAAUGCUGGAAAACAAUGCUGGCUGCUAUAGAAAAAUUUGGAGUACUAACUAUGUUAAUAAACAUAGACUAAUAUUUGUCUUAAUGCGAUAUCUUUUAACAGAACAUAAACUGUAAAGUUUUACUUAAUCUCCUUGUCACCAGAGAAAAUAUGUUGAAACUUUCAUCGCUAGAAUAUCACUGUAUAUUGGUUUCUUGUA